UGCGACCAUAAGUGCAUAAGCCAAAUUCGAAAAUAAUAUUAUGAUGACCAUUUCAUUCGAGGAUUAGUUAAUUAAUCCAGUAGCAUCCAUGGGUUGCUUUUAAAAAUUUAUAUAAAGAACCAAAACCAUGGAUCAAAUCUCAGCAUUAACUGGAGUUUUGUUCUCAAUAUAUUCAUCUGUCUCUGUGAUUGAAUCAAUUAUGGCCUCCUUGAGAACUACAAUCUCAUUUUGGAUUCUCAGCUUGCUUUUGCCGUUUACUUCCCUGGAAGCGAGAAAGUUCGUGGUUGGAGGCAACAAAAUUUCAUGGGCAGCUCCAAUAUCGACUAGUGGAGGGAUGUCUGAGGCAAGGCAUUUCACUGUCGGCGAUCAUCUCGUCUUUGUGUAUAAUCCCAAGGUUAUAACAAUACUGCAAGUGACAGAGGAAGACUACGAGAGUUGCAACAAAACAAAGCCAAUUGCAAUAUACGACGCUGGCUGCACCCUGGUUGCGUUGGACCGGUCAGGACCAUUCUAUUUCAUCAAUGCUUCUCUGAAGGUAGACAGUUUCUGGUUGGAGGCAACGAAAAUUCAUGGAGUAGUCCACCUUCUUCAGAUUCUCUCAAUCAGUGGGCUGAGAAAAACCGAUUCAAUGUUGGCGAUUUUCUCAUCUUUGAAUACAAUACCGAUCGACAUUGAUUCAGCAAGUGACAAAGGAGGAGUACGAGAGCUGCAACCAGUCCAACCCAAUCAAAGAAUACAAAGACAACAAAACCAAGGUUGAGCUUGACAUGCGUGAAAAGGCCUGAAGCUAACUGUUAGAACAAUUUUCAGUUUGAUUACGUGUAGAUCUUUGAUUUGUUGUGUUUUUCAUAAUCUGGAAGGAAGAACAAACAAUGCGUCAGAUGGCUAUUUUGGAAAGUAUUGAGAGUCGAGAGUUUAAUAUAUUUUCAAUAUACAAUCAGAGUGUAUCUUGUACCUGAGAUAGCAGCCUAUUUAUAUUUUAUAGGCACAUAUUAUCAACUACAUUGUUCCACCUUCAUGUCAUGGCUGAGUGGAACCCU